AGCGCAACGGCUCGUGCCUAUAAAAAGAGGCGAGAGCCGAUCAAAUUAUUUUUGCCAAGUCGCCAUGGGGAACUGCUGCUCGAACGCGAGCGCGGCGACAGCGAUACCGCCGGUGCGCCCGUCGGUCUCGGCGUCCGCGGCCAAGGAGACGCCCGCCAGCCGCCGGUCCUCCGAAGGCCGGCGCUACUCGACCGGCCCGCUCACGGUCAAGGACCUCGACAUGCGCACGCUCGCGCCGCCCCGCGCCAACGUCUUUACGAGCGGCAGCUACACCUUCUCGUACGCCUUCGUGUCCCAGCGCGGCUACUACCCCGACGCGCUCCACAAGCCCAACCAGGACGCGUUCACGUGCUUGCCGACGUUCCACGAGGGCAAGUCGUUCUUUGGCGUCUUUGACGGCCAUGGCUCGACCGGCGAACACUGCGCGCAGUUUGCCCGCGACAAGGUGCCGGAGCUCUUGGCGCAGAACCUCAAGAAUGGCAUGCCUGUCUCGAACGCGCUCACGCUCGCCCACAUCGACGCCAACAACCUCAUCCACUCGGCGUCGUUCGACGACUCGAUGAGUGGCACGACUGCCAUCUCGAUCCUCUUUGACGGCAACGAGAUCCACGUCUCCAACGUCGGCGACUCGCGCGCGAUCAUUGCGCAGGAGGUAUCGAGCAGUGAAGGCGAGGCGCCGCAGCUCGUCGCCAAGCCGCUCUCGAUCGACCAGACGCCGUUCCGCAAGGACGAGCGCGACCGCGUCAAGAAGACGGGCGCGCGCAUCAUGACAGUCGACCAGCUCGAAGGCUACGAGCCGAUCCACGAGAACUGGGGGCUCACGCUCGGCGACGAGAUUGACGAGAGCGGCGACCCGCCGCGCAUCUGGCACCCCCACGGCGACUACCCGGGCACGGCCUUUACGCGCAGCAUCGGCGACCAAGUCUCGGAAGAGCUCGGCGUGUUUGCCGAGCCCGAAAUCGUCACCAAGUCGCUCGGCGCGCAUGACCGAUUCCUUGUGGUUGCGAGCGACGGCGUCUUUGAGUUUCUGACGUCUCAGGCCGUGGUCAACAUCGUCAAGCUCUACAAGGACCCGCUCGAGGCCUCGCGCGCAGUCGUCGAGGAAGCCUACAACCGCUGGCUGCAGUUUGAAGUGCGCACGGACGACAUCACGUGCAUCUGCAUCUUCUUUGACGACGCGCCGAUGGCCGCGCCGAUCAUGCCCGCCGUCGUCUCGCGCGAAGCGUCGGCCACCUCGACCAAGGUGCACCGCAACAGCAUCAUUGCGGGUCGCGAGGUGCUCUUGGCGAUGGAGGACAGCCUCCGGCCCGUGCGCGGCCUCGGCGUCGACACCAACAAGAGCUGGCGGUCGCGCCAAACCAUCAUCGGCGCCGAUGCCGUGCACAUUUCCAUGUUGCCCGAUGACGACGAAGCGUCACGCGCGUCUUUGCCGUCGUCGCCGACGUCGGAUGACGCGCCGUUUGACCUGACCGCGCACACGGUCGCCAAGUCGGAAGAAGAUAAGGACGCGCUCUGGAACAUGGUCCAGCACAACUUUCUGUUUUCGCACUUGACCGACGACAAGCUCAAUGACGUCAUUGCCGUCAUGGACAAGGAGACCGUCCUCGCCGGCCAAGUCGUGAUCCGCCAAGGCGACGACGGCGACAAGUUUUACCUCGCCGAAGCCGGCAAGUUCGACGUCCGCGUCCAGUCGACCGAGACGAAUGACGGCGACGACCACGAGCUCGGGCCGGUGGUGCACACGUACUCGGCCACCGCGAGCACGCACCCGACCUUUGGCGAGCUCGCGCUCAUGUACUCCAAGCCCCGCGCGGCGUCCGUGGUCGCGACCUCGAACGGCACGCUGUGGUCGAUUCGCCGGAGCGCGUUCCGGUCCAUCCUCGUGCGCCGGCCGCUGCGCAACGUCGUCGCGCGCCUCCGCGCCGUGAGCCUCCUCAAGCCGCUCACGAGUGCGCAGCUCCACUUGCUCGCCGAAGCCAUGAAGACGGUCGUGUUCGAGAAGGACGCGAUCGUGUGCAAGGAAGGCCACGUCCACGACAAGUGGCUCGUCGUUGUCAGUGGCAACAUCGCCGACGUCAAGAAUGACCGCGUCUUCUCGACGCACGCGUCGGUGACGGACUUUGCGCUGACCGGCACCUCGUCGAUGAGUCCGACGACGCUGCUGGCCACCGAGACCACCGAGUGCCUCUGCGUGACGCGGUCCGCGUUUGAAGCGGCCGUUGGCAACCUCGAGGCGCUCGUGGCCACGUACCAGACGCGGAUAGCGCGCAAGCACGAGCUCAGUGCCGCCAAGAAGGCAACGCCGCUGCGCACGCUGCUGCCUCUGGGGGCGCCGAUCGAGGGCAUCUCGACAUUGGACGACCUCAUCGUCGGGCCGACCGUCUUCCACGACGCGUCGUGCGCCUUCCGCAUCGUGACGACCAAGGGCAUGGACGAGAAUGCACGGACGCUGCGCUCGAUCCCCAAGCAAGUCGCUUGCGACCGCCGGCAAAAGCAGGCGUUGGCGGCCGAGCAGGACAUGCUCCUUGCCCUCGGCGAGAACCUGCCGCUGGCAAUCACGCCCGUCGCCGCCAUCAGCCACACGGCCACGGACCUCCACGCGUUCUUUGACCGCCCGAUUGUGGGGCUGCUCGAGGAGUUUGGCAUCUUCCCGCUCGCCGAGUCGUCCGUGCGCUACUACGCGGCGCAGCUCGUGCUCGGCCUCCAGCGCUUCCACGCGGAGGGUAUUUUGUGCCGGUCGCUCGACCCGACCAACCUCAUGGUCGACGCGCACGGCCAGCUCUCGAUCGUCGGUCUUCGGCAAAGCAAGUAUGUCGGCGCGGGGCGUACGUUUACGAUCUGCGGCAACCCCGAGUACAUUUCGCCCGAGCAGAUCAACGGCCACGGGCAAUGCUUGGCGUCCGACUACUGGAGCCUCGGCGUGCUUCUCUACGAGAUGGCGGUCGGCCACACGCCCUUUGACGGCCUCGACGAGCUCGACAUGUACCGCAGCAUCGCAUCCUUCUCGCCGGACACGCUCGUGUUUCCCGAGCACGUCUCGACCGGUCUCCGCAGCAUCAUCGAGGCGCUGCUCCGCACCAAGCCCAACGAGCGCCUCGGCUGGGCCGACACGAUCGAGCUCGACGAAGACGCCGGUGUCAUGAACGAAGCGUUCUUCGAGUCGGUCAACUGGGCCGCCCUCAAGGCCAACGAGCUGCCGGCGCCACUCGAAGACAUUGCCGGCGUCAAGUUGCGGGACCUGCUUGCGUCGGCGCCCGCGAGCAAGCGGACGCUGGACCUCGCCGUGCCGUACACGCGCGAGAUGGACUGGAUGGCCGACUUUUAAGCGUCGAGAAACAUAAAGAAUUUGGUUUGAACUGUGUA